UUUUAAAAAGCCUCAUGAGGCAUAACACCAUUGCUGGAUGCCUGGUAAAAUUAAGAAAACUGGCUGCAUGAGAUGCACUCUACAUGGGCACAAGCUCUUACCUGGAAUCAGAGAACGAAAUGAGCCAGACUUUCCUUAAUUCUAAAAGUUCUCUUUUUCACUUCGAGAUGCCUUUGUAUUUCUUAUAAAUGCAAACUGACAACUCUCAAGACCACGACAGACAGAAAAUCAUUACUGCUGGAAGCCUGAAGACUGCCCUUAAUAAAGGAAAGCCCCCCCAUUGUUGUUUGAAAUGCUGAGGAAGUUGCUACGCAGGAGACUUUUUUCUUAUCCCACCAAAUACUACUUCUUGCUUCUUGUUUUUUCCCUAGUCACCUUCUCUGUUUUAAGAAUUUAUCAAAAGCCCGAAUUUGUCAGUGUUGAACAUUUGGAGCUGGUUGGAGAGAAUCCUAGUAGUCAUAUUAACUGCACCAAAGUUUUACAGGGUGAUGGAAAUGAAAUCGAAAAGGCAAAGCUUGAGAUUCUAACAGUGAAAUUUGGAAGGCGGCCUCGGUGGACAACCUUUGACUAUAUAAACAUGACUAGUGAUUGCACUUCUUUCAUCAAGAAGCGCAAGUAUAUUGUAGAACCCCUUAGUAAAGAAGAGGCAAAGUUUCCAAUAGCAUAUUCCAUAGUGGUUCAUCACAAGAUUGAAAUGUUUGACAGGCUCCUGCGGGCCAUCUAUAUGCCUCAGAAUUUCUAUUGCAUUCAUGUGGACAAAAAAUCAGAGGAUUCCUUUUUGGCUGCAGUGAUUGGCAUUGCAUCCUGUUUCAGUAAUGUCUUUGUGGCCAGUCAGCUGGAGACCGUGGUGUAUGCAUCGUGGAGUCGGGUUCAGGCUGAUCUCAACUGUAUGCAGGACCUCUACAGAAUGAGUGCAGAUUGGAAGUACUUGAUAAAUCUUUGCGGUAUGGAUUUUCCUAUUAAAACCAACCUGGAAAUUGUCAGGAAACUCAAGUCACUAAUGGGAGAAAACAAUCUCGAAACUGAGAAAAUGCCAUCCAAUAAAAAAGAAAGGUGGAAAAAACAUUAUACAGUUGUUAAUGGAAAGCUGACAAACACAGGGACUGACAAACUACAGCCUCCUCUUGAAACACCUCUGUUUUCAGGCAGUGCCUAUUUUGUGGUCAGUAGGAAAUAUGUGGAGUACGUGCUAGAGAAUGAAAAAAUCCAAAAGUUUAUGGAGUGGGCAAAAGACACAUACAGCCCAGAUGAGUAUCUCUGGGCCACUAUUCAGAGGAUCCCUGAAGUCCCAGGAUCACUGUCCCUAAGCCAUAAGUAUGACAUGUCCGACAUGCAUGCAAUUGCUAGGUUUGUCAAGUGGCAGUACUUUGAAGGUGAUGUUUCCAAGGGCGCCCCCUACCCGCCCUGCAACGGCGUCCAUGUGCGCUCCGUGUGUGUUUUUGGAGCAGGUGACUUGAACUGGAUGUUGCGCAUGCACCACUUGUUUGCCAAUAAGUUUGACACAGACAUCGACCUCUUUGCCAUCCAGUGUUUGGAUGAGCAUCUGAGGCAUAAAGCCCUGGAGACGUUAAAACACUGACCAUUCAUUGUAGGCAAUUUUAGAUAAUAAGAAGGCGACAUGAGAUGUACCCUCAUCUGAUUCUUCUGCUCUGUUAAUAAACAUCAGAAAAACAGUAGGGGUCGCUCUUUGGACCAGGGGCUCCAACUCUUCAUAUCAGAGAAGCUACAUGGUGUCUGCAGAGCAAAUUCAGUUAGUAAGCUUAUAGCGUUGAACAUUGACUUGGAGUUAACAUGAGGCCAGGGCAGGAUGUGAGGCAUUGUGGGUAGAGGUAGUCCAGGUGGCCAGGAAAGAGACCGAAUGCAAAAACAGCCUGUUAAAAAGAGCUCAGGGACUUAACAAAGCGACUAUUUGACCUGUGCCAAAUUUACUUUGAGAGCUUUAAAUAUGAUAGUUUUCCUGAUUUGAAUGAAUUUAUAGUAACAACCAAUCAUAAGGAUAUAAUUUAUAUUGUAGGUUAUAUUUGUUGAAUUAGAAAUUUGACUUUACUGUAAAGGAUUCUUAUGAAUAAUUUACUUUCUGCUGUAACAUUGCGUUGUGUAGUGUAUCUGUGUAUGUCAUCUCAGGGAACUUGAAAAAAACGGGCUUGACUAAAUAUAAAUAUUUCUGACAAAUUUUUGCUUUUACCAAUGUACAUAUGUAUGUUUUUAAAAACAAAAAAGGGCAAUUUCUAAUUUAGUUGAUUCUAUGAAUCAUCUUAGAUUAUUAGAAAAGAUAUCUUAGGUUAUUAAAAGAGUUAAGAUAUCUGUCUUUGUUAUUGUAGUUUCUACAGAGUAACACUCAAUUUUCCAAAUAUUUGUCUCUACUCCUCCCCCCAGUCUCCCCAAACCUUACUAUCAAGCUAUAUAAGAACUUGUUUUCAUGGUGCCCCAUAUUACUGCUUUAGUUCUCUUAUAUGAUCAGUUGAUUGACAAUAAUUAGCGCAGAGAACUAAAACAGAAAGGGUGAAUGAAGUAGGUAUGUGUGGGAAAGAGGAGUCAUAUUUAGACAAUUUCUGAGGCCUAUGAUGAGCGUUAAAAACCAGCAGUUGGCAAUAUUCCUGGAAAUUACAGCUGUUGCUCUUUGCUUGUGUCCAACCUCCCAGAGUCUUGCAUCCUAAUGUCAUUUGUGCCUCCAUUUGAAAGCAACUGGCUUCCACUGUCCUUGCUUCUUCAUUUUACUUGCCCACUGGUCAUUCCUUAGCCCUUGGGUUGUAAGUUUUCUUCUCCCUCAGAAGCUUUGAGGAGAGAAGAGGUGUGCUGUUGUUCCACAUGGCAUAUCUGAAGGCCUGGGAAUCCAAAAAGGACCAUUAGGUUUGGGGCAGAUUGCUUCAAUAUUGGUAUUAUUCACACCAUAUGUGUUUUACUCUACUUUUAUUCACCAAAAGAGAUGAGUUGAGGUUGCUUUUGUGCUGUCCCCUCUCAAAGUAAAUGAAGAUUAAAAAAACAUGAUAAAAAAAAUAAAAAAUCCUUGCACUUUUGCUAAGCUGAUACUGUUCAGCCAAAGCUCUAACAGGAAAUGUGAAGAUUUACCAUUUAGCCAAGAUUUUAAACAAGAGUCAAAACCAUGUACUUUAUUUUUAAAGCAUAGCCAACUUAAAUGGCACGUGAGAAAUUCAGACGGUUUUCAGGCCUUCAACUGAAAAAACAUUUUUAUUCCUCAAAGUUAGAAAACAUUUUCAUUUUAUGGAGAGCUUUGUUAUACUGAUUCUCCUGAACGAAAGUUUCACGUUUUUUUAAAAACUUUAUCAUCAUUUGUAAACAUGCAAGCAGUGGAUUGCUGUGUUUUGCAUGAUUUUAUAUGGCAGCUUUGAACAUUCUAGAGAUGACAGCAGUGAGAGUGUUGUAUGCACAGUGUUCCACUUCUACUGCUUUCUAACCCAGUUUGUUCUUUUAAUGCAUGUCAAAUGUUUUUCCCGUUCUCUCUUUUAGCAGAAAGAUUUUACCUAUAAGAUAGGGUUUUUGUUUUUUUUUAACUCUAAAACCAGUGAUACUCAAUAACACAUACUUUGUGUUUAUGUCUUGUAUUUUUACUUCAUUCAUGGUGUCUUGUUUUAUGGACAUUUUUAUUUUGAAAAUUUGCAAAUCAAUAGGAAAGUUAAAAGCAAUAGUACAGGGAACGCCAUAUGACUUUCAUCUGGAGUCACUGGUUGUCAACAUUGUGCCCCCUUUGCUUCGAAUUGUAUAGUUUUUUUGAAUUUAGCAAAAUUGAAAAUUAAAAAAAUAUAUUGACAAAUAUCCAAAGUUAUUUGAACACUCUUACUGUAGUGUGAUUGCGUUUGAUUUACAUUUGAAUUGGCACGUUUUGAGGGAUUUUUUUCCACCACAGAUAUAAAAAUAGGACUUCAGAGUCCAUUGUCCCAAACUCCACAUUAAAACUAUGGCCCCAUCGUCUUUUAUGUAGCUGUGGUAUCUCAUCUUUCUAGAACAGCAUUUGUUGAAAUGUGCCGGAACAUUACCGUAUUGCUAAUGCCUGUUAUUGGGCUUAUACAGAAUUUGUUUAUCAGGCCUCUUAUUUUUAUACCUUUCACCUUAAAGCAAACAAAAUUUAUACCCCCAGGACAAGCAAAUUGAAGAAUCAAAAAGUUGAUUUCAAAAUGAGGCCCAUAAUACAUUCAGGAGGGACAAAACACAAAUUCUUUGGGAAAGAUAAAUUAUUUAAAUUGUUUCAUAUAUGUCAGUUAUUAAACACAAAGUUUACUGUCACUUAAGAUCUUUUGUAGGGCAUUAUUAGAAAUCAUUCACAAAAAAAUCCUUAAACAUACAUAAACUGUAAUUUUUUGAUAGAAGGAUUAUUUUAGUUAAUGAAGUACUGCAAAGAGAUUCAAUAUGAAUUAUUAAGGACAAGUUAACAAAAAUGGUUCUUUUUUAUAGGCAAUUACCUAGGCUCAUCUCAGACUAUGGUCAACAUCCGCUCAGCCUUGCAAAUGUGAAGCAUUAUUGUCUCUAAACAUGUAUUUGUAUCAUUUGUCAAGUACAAUUCACUUCAAUGAAAUAAAAUAAGUGAAUUUUCCUUGGUAGUUAUUUGGGGAGGAGAAAGCCAUAUUUUAAUUUAAUUCAUUUGUAGGAUCAAGUGCACUGGACUUUUCCAGUUGCUUAAUAAAAUAAAAGUCAUUUCUCAUUAUGUUAAAUAUAAAAUAAAUACAACACUGUUUCAUGGUAAUCAUGGUUAUAUUCUUUUGAAUGUGGGCAUGACUGAAUGCAUUUGGAACUUACAUACCACCAUUAAAAUCAGCCAUUCA